AUGGAGAUUCUUUUAACCAAGCACCAGGGGAACAAAUUGAAGAACAAGAAAGGAGAGUUUGUUAGAUACAUGUAUUUGUGCAACCGGCAAGGUUACAGAGACAAAAAAUGGCUAGACAAGCAGGAUAGGAAGAGGGAACACAAGGUUGUUACUCGGUAUGGAUGUCCUGCCGAAAUGCGGAUAAAACCGAAUGUACCUUCACAUCGGAAGGUUUCUGAUGUUGAUAUAGCUCACAUAGAUAGCUUGAGGCAAGUUGGGAUCUCGAUUCCUAAGAUAUACAAGUCAUUUGCUACACAGGAUGGUGGGUUCAACCUCGUUCCUUUUACUAAGAGAGACCUGUACAAUGAGGUUAGGCGGCAGAGGCUAUUGCAAAACGGUGAUGUUAAUGCAGUGUUAAGGGUGUUGGAGGGGGCUGCCCGUGUAGAUGAAAAACUCUUCUAG